AUGGGACCUCCAGGAGGUAGGGGGAGCUACAAUCAGCCCCCACCUGAAGACAUCAGCCCCUAUAACCACCACCCUAUUAGCAGGGACCCUUAUGGGGACCAGCCAAACUAUGAAGACACCCGUGGGGGCGACUCUUUCUACAGAGACUCGCCAGUAGGGGACAGACCGGAUAUGCCCCGGGGUGGACCCAUGAUUGAUCCUCCAAGUCGCAGUGACUCGUACCGUAACCCCAUAGACCCCUAUGGGGAUCAACCCCCGCUGUACGAGACAGGUGCUUAUACCGGGGCUCCGCCACAGAUGGAUGACCGGUACAAGGAAAACUCGUUUGAGGACGACCGGUACAGAGGUCCGCCAGGUGAUAAUUAUAUGCCGGAGAGUGGUUACAGGGAAUCCCCUGUCCCUGGCAAUCAGUACUUACCUCCAGAUGAUAGAUUCAGAGACAUGUCACUAGAUGACCCCCACGGGGCCCCACCCCCUAUGGAGGACAGGUACAGGGAUCUACCUCCUGGUGACCGGUUUGAGGGGGAGCCCACAUUUGGUAAUUAUGAUGAUUACCCCUACAGCCCAAACAAACAUGACGGCCUUCCUGAUGUUCCACAGGACCCUUUUGCUGAUGAUCCAUUCCAACAGAAGGCUGCAAUGGCGGCAGCAGAGGAGCGUUACCGUGCCUCUCAGGCUGAUCUUCGGUAUCGUGAUGAGGAUCCCUAUAGUAGGCGAACCCCAUCACCAGUAGGGGACAGACCGGACAUGUCCCGGGGUGGUCCCAUGAUUGAUCCUCCAAGUCGGAGUGAUUCGUACCGUAAUCCCGGAGACCCCUAUG